AAUCAGCCCACCGUGGCCGUCCGACUGCUCUCCCCGCCCCUCCCCAUCACUGCCGCAGACAGACGGCCAGCCAUGUCCCACGUCUGGCAGCGCCACCCGCGCUACGCCCUCCUCGUCGCCUUCGUCCUCCUAGGCACCUUCCUCUUCCUCAACCCCUUCUCUGACAGCAGCGACCUCUCCUCAAACCCGAGCGCGUUCGCCGCGUACAUCCGGGACACUUCCCUCCCAGCAAAGCUCGCCCGUGCAGAGCAGGUGUACACCAAGACCCUCAAGUCCAGGCAGGAGCUGAUUCACAGGCAUGGCCCGACCGCCCACGAUAUCCUUAUGUUCCCUCCAGACCGCGAUCCGUGGCCUGCCUACACCGUCUGGAGUUUCUUCCCGCCAACAUUCGACUGUCCGCAUGAGACGGAGCGCGUAGGCUCACUAGGCGAUGGUGGAAAGUGGACUUGCGGACUUUCACGGCUAGAGCACAAGCCAGAAUGUGUGGUAUACUCGUUCGGCACGAACUACGACGUCUCGUUCGAGUCGGAGCUACUCGACCGCACGCGGCGGUGCCAGAUCUACGGAUUCGACAUCCGCGAGGCCGCCGCCUUUGGAGGGGCGCUGCGUUCCUCGCCUCGCGCGCACUUUAUGCAUGCGGGGUUGUCGAGUGUGGAUAAGCAUGGGCCGGAGGAUGUGCAUAAGUUGUAUACGCUGGAGAGUUUGAUGCGGCGGAAUGGCCACGCAUACAUCGAUAUUUUGAAAGUCGAUCUUGAGGGCGCCGAAUUUGAUGUGCUCACGCGCCUCCUUGCACCGUACCUCUCCUCGGGCGCGCCUUUGCCCUUUGGCCAGCUACUCCUCGAAAUUCACACGUGGGAGAAGACGUUUGCGGAGGUUUUGAGCUUUUGGGAGACGCUUGAGGGGGUCGGUCUGAGGCCCUUCGCGACUGAGGUCAAUCUGGUGUAUCAGAACUAUAACCGGGGGAAGGAUACCGAUUUGGCUGAGUACUCGUUCCUCAACAUCAAGGGCGACAGCAUCUUCGUCGCCGACCCGCCGGUUGCUGAUGCGGACGCGGAGACGCGCGCGCGCCGGUGACCUGCCGGAUUUUCGGCCUCUGUGCCGGCCCCAGCCGGGCGGGCCGCGUUCGCGUCACGUGGAAUGUAGCAAUGUAUAUAAACGGACCGCAUUAUGCUGUAUCACACUUGACUUGGGGUGGAAGGAAGGGGGAGAAGGGCGUGAACGCGGCGCGAUGCGGCUGGCUGGGGAAUGUGGCGGGAAAUGCUGUGAGGGAGAGGGCGAGGAAAGAGGAAGAUGGUCGGCGGAUAUACCUGUUCAAGAAUUUAAUAUAUCUUGCAUUGCACCGUACAUACUAACCCUGUCGUGCACAUGUAGUGUCUAGCAUGGAUAUCGAUGAGACGUAGAUAUGCGCUGUAUCCGAUGUCUCUUUCCUCUGAAAUUUUGCUUGAGC